CGAAAAACGAACCCACAGACGGUCGCAGGGAAGCCUUCUUAAACAUAUUUCCAUCUCCCCAACCCUUUCUCUCUCUCUCUCUCUCUCUCUCUCUCCACUGCUUACUCUCUCUGUCUCUCUCCCUCUCCCUCGCUCUCUCCGUUCUCUCUACUUGCAUUAAUUUCUCUGUGAUUUAUCGAUCGGAGAGGCUGUAAUCUCUCCAUUCAUGACGAUGAUGACUCCUCAGCCGUUGGAUCAACAGGAUAAUGAAGAGAAUCUCGUUCCACACGGCUUAGACGAGGUUGCUCAGCCGCUAGGUGAAGGGCCUCAGCCAAUGGAAGUGGUACCAGCGGAAAAUACUGGAACUGUAGAAAACCAGGCAAAUGAUGAGCCACAAGCAUCUCGGUUCACAUGGAAUAUAGAGAAUUUUUCCAGAUUGAAUUUGAAGAAGGUUUAUUCUGAAGUUUUCAUGGUUGGCGGAUAUAAAUGGCGCGUGCUUGUAUUUCCCAAGGGAAAUAAUGUGGACUACUUGUCAAUGUAUUUAGACGUAGCUGAUUCAGCUACCUUGCCAUAUGGGUGGAGUAGAUAUGCUCAGUUCAGUUUGGCUAUAGUUAAUCAAAUACAUAGCAAAUAUUCAAUCAAGAAAGACACACAACACCAGUUCAACCAAAGGGAGAGUGAUUGGGGUUUCACUUCUUUUAUGCCUCUUAGUGAUCUCUAUGACCCUAACAAAGGUUAUCUUGUGAAUGAUACUGUCCUUGUUGAGGCUGAUGUUGCUGUACGUAAGGUCAUUGAUUACUGGACAUAUGACUCAAAGAAAGAGACGGGAUACGUUGGGCUUAAGAACCAGGGAGCAACUUGUUAUAUGAACUCUUUGCUCCAAACUUUGUACCAUAUUCCUUAUUUUAGAAAGGCCGUGUAUCACAUGCCAACAACAGAAAAUGAUAAUCCCAUUGGAAGCAUUCCUUUGGCGUUACAGAGUUUAUAUUUUCGGCUUCAAUACCAUGACACCAGUGUUGCUACUAAGGAGUUGACUAAAUCAUUUGGAUGGGACACUUAUGAUUCUUUCCUGCAACAUGACGUGCAAGAACUAAACAGAGUGUUGUGUGAAAAGCUUGAAGACAAGAUGAAGGGAACGGUUGUUGAAGGUACCAUACAAAAGCUGUUUGAAGGGCACCACAUGAAUUACAUAGAAUGCAUCAAUGUGGAUUUUAAGUCUACAAGAAAAGAAUCUUUCUAUGAUCUUCAACUUGACGUGAAAGGCUGCAAGGAUGUGUAUGCGUCAUUUGAUAAGUAUGUUGAGGUCGAGCCUCUCGAGGGAGACAAUAAAUACCAUGCUGAAGAACAUGGUUUGCAGGAUGCGAGGAAGGGUGUCUUGUUUAUUGAUUUUCCUCCAGUUCUCCAGCUUCAGUUGAAGCGGUUUGAGUAUGAUUUUGUAAGGGAGACGAUGGUUAAGAUAAAUGAUCGAUAUGAAUUUCCUUUGGAGCUUGAUCUCGAUAGGGACAACGGAAAAUAUUUGUCACCAGAUUCAGAUAGGACUACACGAAACCUCUACAUGCUCCACAGUGUUUUGGUUCACAGUGGUGGGGUGCAUGGCGGACAUUAUUAUGCUUUCGUCAGGCCCACACUCUCUGAUCAAUGGUACAAGUUUGAUGAUGAGAGAGUCACUAAAGAAGAUGUCAAGCGGGCCCUAGAGGAACAGUAUGGAGGAGAGGAAGAGUUGCCACAGACAAAUCCUGGCUAUAACAACACUCCUUUCAAAUUUACAAAAUACUCGAAUGCUUACAUGCUUGUGUACAUUCGAGUAAGUGACAAGGAUAAGAUAAUAUGUGAUGUGGAUGAGAAGGAUAUUGCAGAUCAUCUCAGGGCAAGGCUAAAAAAGGAACAGGAGGAAAAAGAAGACAAGAGAAGAUACAAAGCACAGGCCCACCUUUAUACCAUUAUCAAGAUUGCCAGAGAUGAGGAUUUGAAGGAACAGAUUGGGAAAGAUAUCUAUUUUGAUCUUGUAGAUCAUGAUAAAGUUCGCAACUUCCGUGUCCAGAAACAAGUGGCUUUUAAUGUUUUCAAGGAGGAUGUUGCAAAAGAGUUCGGCAUACCAGUACAAUUUCAGCGCUAUUGGAUAUGGGCAAAAAGGCAGAACCAUACAUAUCGCCCAAAUAGACCAUUGACACCUCAGGAAGAAGCACAAACAGUUGGAGCAUUAAGAGAAGCUUCAAAUAAAACUCACGCAGCAGAGCUGAAGUUAUUUCUAGAAGUGGCAUAUGGACCGGAUUUGCAUCCAAUUCCUCCUCCAGAAAAGAAUAAAGAUGACAUAUUGCUGUUCUUUAAGCUGUAUGAUCCUGAGAAAGAAGAACUGCGAUAUGCUGGGAGUCUUUUCGUGAAAAACUGUGGAAAGCCAAAUGAGUAUAUAAAAGAAUUAAAUGAAUUGGCUGGUUUUGGUCCUGAUGAAGAAAUCGAGCUAUUUGAGGAGAUAAAAUUUGAACCCACUGUUAUGUGUGAACGCCUUGACAAAAGAGCAUCAUUUCGAUUCAGUCAGAUCGAGGAUGGAGACAUAAUUUGCUUCCAGAAACGACGUUUGCCUGAAACAGUAGCAAAGUUCCGAUUUCCUGAUGUUCCUUCAUUUUUGGAAUAUGUCAGAAACCGCCAGAUUGUUCAUUUUCGAUCUCUGGAGAGGCCGAAGGAAGAUGAAUUUUGCCUUGAAUUAGCUAAGAAUAACACUUAUGAUGAUGUUGUGGAAAGAGUUGCCCAGCACCUUGGCUUGAACGAUCCAUCAAAAAUUAGGCUCACACCACAUAAUUGCUAUUCCCAGCAACCAAAGCCCAAUCCUAUCAAAUAUAGAUCUGUUGAUCAUUUAUUAGAUAUGCUUGUCCACUACAAUCAGAUUUCUGACAUACUAUAUUAUGAAGUGCUGGACAUUCCUCUUCCGGAACUGCAGUGUCUCAAGACACUUAAAGUUGCGUUCCACCAUGCGACAAAGGAUGAGGCUGUUAUUCUCAAUAUUAGACUGCCUAAACAAAGUUCUGUUGGAGAAGUACUGAAUGAGAUCAAAUCAAAGGUAGAGUUGUCUCAUCCAAAUGCAGAGCUUAGGCUGCUUGAAGUUUUCUAUCACAAGAUUUACAAGAUUUUUCCUCUUAACGAGAAGAUUGAGAACAUAAAUGACCAGUACUGGACGCUGCGUGCUGAGGAGAUUCCAGAUGAAGAAAAGAACCUUGGGCCCACUGACCGACUGAUUCAUGUUUACCAUUUCACAAAGGAGACUGCCCAGAAUCAAGUGCAAGUCCAGAAUUUUGGUGAUCCAUUCUUUCUUGUCAUUCAUGAAGGCGAAACUUUAGUAGAUGUCAAAGCACGCAUUCAGAAGAAAUUGCAGGUUCCAGAUGAGGAAUUCUCUAAGUGGAAGUUUGCAUUCUUGUCAUUGGGGCGGCCAGAGUAUCUUGAGGACUCUGAUAUUGUCACCAAUCGUUUUCAGAGAAGAGAUGUUUAUGGUGCUUGGGAGCAAUACUUGGGGCUAGAGCACCCAGACACCUCUCCUAAGAGAGCAUACGCCACAAGCCAGAGUCGCCACACAUUUGAGAAACCCGUGAAAAUAUACAACUAAAUUUGAGUAGCUCUGAUCAAAGAGAAAAAUGUUUGUUUGGCACCAUAACAAGAAAUGCGAUACUAUUUCAAGUGUGGGCACUCUGGAUGGGUGAUCAAACUAGCAAAUAGAAGAGAUACCCUGUUACAUGCUCCGGUGAUCUUUUCACUAAUAAUUUUCUUUUUGACUGUAUUGAAAGCAGAGCUCCGGUUCUAGAUGUAGUCUUUCUGUGCUUGGUUGAGACAUUGAGGUCUUCUUGUCUGUCAGUCAUCUUCACAUUUUUACAAUGCUUUGAAGUACUCCGAAAAACCUGUUACAUUGUGUCGUUUGUCUGUAUUUUAUCACUCAUGAUGAGAUUUUGCUUGAUGGGGUUGUAAGUAAAGUAAAGUGGGGUAUAGUUAGGUCUUUCA